CGUUUCAGAUUGAACUGGAAUUUGGAAGGUUGGUUUUUAAGGAGAGAGGAAAACCGGAGAACCGGUAGAAAAACCUCUUAUAUCAAAGUAGAAAACCAACAACAAACUCAACUCCCAUUUGAUGUCCACGUCAGAAUUUGAGCCCGGCCACAUUGGUGGGAGGCUAGUGCUCUCACCACUGCGCCAGUAGCCCAGCGUCCUGGAAAUAGUGUGACUGUUCAAUAAGAUGAAUAAGAUGAAACACUAAGGUAGUUAAAACUACGUCUUGCUUUGAAUUCAAUUUUCGUAUUUUCAUUAUUAUAUUGUUUUCUCUAUUUUAUUUAUUUCUUUUGUUGAGGGGGGAGGGGGUGAGGGGAGGGCUGUUUGGGAAAGGCACGUGACUCACCAAUGCAAUAUGACAUAAGAGACUUUGUGGACAGUUUUGGCAGUAGCAGUCCAACACAACGCACUUAAUAUGUUGCCAAUCCAGGCUGCGAAGCCAUGCAUGCAUGUAGGAUUUGGAGUUGCCAACAGAAUAAAAAAUAAUGAACAGCUUAAGAAAGUAACGGUUGUUUUCAUCGUACUUUUUUUUUACAGAUCUUUGUAUUUGAUCUUUAUUUUGUCGACGUUGUGAAAAAGGGAACUGCAGAUCUGCCUGUCGUAGAGGAUCUUCUUUUUGACCUAUUUGGUAAGUAAGUUACUGUCAAUAAAUACACUGAAGGUCGUGACAAAUUAAAUGUAUUGCAAUCGUCAGAAGGUUUCAGACCAACGACGUUUAUUUCUUGAAAGCUCGUUCACGAUUCUUCCCAAUAAUCUAGCGCCGCCUUCAUCCCGGCGAAGCUAGUAGUGAGCCGUAUUUCACGAAUCUUUUCUGAUAUAUCAUCAUGCAAAGUUAGCUUUAUUAAAAAUGUGGUCCUCUCCGCAUGUGUCUAUUUUUCUGAAAUCGUUUUCCUUGUUCACAUGCAGAUAUCAAGCGAUUUUUGUUUGAAAACGAAUAAUUUUUUGUCCGUAUUGCUGGUUUGUAGCUGAAGUCACUGCGGCCAUGUUGGUGGACAAUAGCUGAUGCUUUUCCCUCGCCUGGGAACUAAACUUUUUUUUUUUUUUGUGCAGAUUCCACUAAAAAUUUGUAUUGUUUGUCGUACAACAUGGCCGCCUUGUCACGUGAUUUCAGCCCAGUGGAAGUGCCCUCUAAUCACCGUACAAUUCUCCCUCUUCCCCAAGAUGACUGCAAGCAUGACAUCUUGGCCUAUUCCAGGCCCUCUGAGGUCAUAGACCUGUGUUUGAUAAUCCUUGUUUUCACAAACCUCCGCGCUUAGAGCGAAAGACUGUAUUAACUACGGAGCGUUCGUAGGACAUAAAAAUUAAACUGUAAGCAGUUGAGCUUUUUGGAAUUUUCCUUGUCCCCAUCCACCUGUUUAGAAAGAGAAAGGUUUGUUUGAUCAUGGUACGAGGCACCCAAGUUUCUGUAGGUAAGUAAGACCUGAUACUGAGGCUAAGAUAUAUCAAUAAAUAGCGAAAGACGACAAUUGUUAACUAAUGACGUCAUAAUGUCUCAUACGUGGCACUCAUUUACUGACAAUCUGUCAAUUUGAUGAAGUAUAAAACUGUCCAGUUUCAUCGCAAAAAUUGUGGACACUAGAUUUUUGAGUUCUAUAGGAUAAAUCUUGGAGCCCUCCCUGAUAAAAUAGAGUUAAAAAGAUCACCUGUCGGUAGGACAUUUUAUUCUGCUCGUUAACCAUGUAGAUAUUUUCACGUCAUCGUUUUCUAAAAUCGUAUUCUUCCAUCUUUCCACGCGAUGUUGGGUAAUACAAACUUUCAAUAUAGGAGAGCAUUUAAAAAGUUGCGUUUUUAUAGCCGUUUUUUCUGAUACGGGUGGAAGAAAGGCUAUUCCGGAGAGAAAAUUAUUUGUUUUCAAACAAGGUGUGAAUGAAAAUAAAAAUAAACGCCGAAAUUACACCUAAGUAAAAUGAAGUCUGUGUUGAGAUAGGAGACUGUCGUCACGCGCGUAAACAAACCUCUACUCAGCUCGAGCCCUGUAACCAAAGUUUUGCACUUUUAGCUAGUCCAUUACAGGCCUUAAUUUAGCGUGAUGUAUCUAUUUCUAGGCAUGUGGCAAGCAGCUUUUGUUUUGUCAGCGAUGAUAAGUGCCAUAUUGCUUCUGCAUUUUAUGAAGAGCCAUCGGUGAGGACAAGAUUAUAAGUUGUGUGAAGGCAGAUUGUUAAUAAGGAAUACGAGCACAGAGCAGGUUGGGGGGAGGUUGGGAGGAUUGAGUGGGGCAGCACCAGAAAGUAUUCCGGACUGAUUUAAGCGUUAACCAUAAAUGUGACACUGAUUUAAACUAUACUCGAAGCUCUCCUUUCGACCACUCUCGUGAGCGACCAGGUCUAGUUAAGACCACCCUUGUAAAACCCCGUCUGAACUGUGACGUAUACUUAGUGAUGAAAAGCAACUGUAAGCGAUCGCGACCACUUUUAGGAUUACCCAACUGGACUUUUCCUUUGCGCUUUAAGCUCUUGUAAGCGACCACUAACUGUGAGUUUACUGAACGGCUUCGAAAUCUUCUGGUGUAGAUCAACUCAUUCUUGCAUUAAUAUUUAGAUUUUGGCCUAAAAGGCUGGAUGUAAAGUUUAGCCGUGUCUAUAUCAAAUAUAUAGACACUCAUUUAACUUUGAUUACUUUUGUUUUGCCUUUAUGAAUUAUUAAUGAGUUGUUGAAGCCCCUCAGCCGAUAAGCGACCACCGUCCAUUGUUUUACCUUUCGGUCUCUUUCGAAAGAAUGAUCUCACGAGAGCUCAUUCUCGUAAGCGACCAGCUCUAGUUACGACCCCUCUUUUGAAUUUCCGAUGUGGUCGCUAAUGAGAGCUUCGACUGUAUAGGGCUUUAAAUUUAAUUUCUGAUACUAUUCGUUUUCACAUUUUUGAGUGGGGCAGGGCUUGGUCUCUGAGCGCGAUCUCUUUAUUAGACCCCCGGGAUGGGGCUUAUUGGGGAGAGCGAGCUUGUUUAAAACUGGCGAGGCUGCCCUCGGUAAUUCACUUUAUUUCAAUAACGCCUAUGGCAAAACAAACUCAAUCUUGUCAUGAGUGAACAAUUUUAAAAUCCAGUUUGUGUAAUCUGCAGAUAAUCAUUAAGUACAGUUGUCUUCAAUUGACUGUUUAGUGCAAAAUCAAAUCUUUGCAAUAAGGUGAUUUUGAAAGAGAAGGGUAAGAGGUUAACGUAAUUACAUUGCUAACGCAUCAACAAAUGAUCUACCAAACACGACUAACAAGGUCUGGAAGGGGGGGUCCUGAUCCCGCAUUCCCGCUCAUUUUUUAAAGACAAUCCCGCAUCUCGAACUUCUGGUGUCAUCUCUAUUCCAAAAAGAACGUUUUCUUUUCUUAAUACCGCAUCCCGUGCCAAGAAUUUAGUCAAUUCCGCUUCCUGAAAGUGGUCAAAUCCCGUAUCCCGUCAAAAAAUGUUGCGUUUUUCGGAGUCCCUCACUGUAUUUCAAUCAAUUCCCGGAUCCCGAAAAUACCCUUCCAGACCCUGGGCCAACAGUUGCCAGGAUCGCGUAUACUUGAUCUGUACGGUAAUAGCUUUGCCUUAUUUAUACUAGGGAUCAUGUUCUACAGCUUUAUAGAGGUCAAAGAAGGUUUGCCCAAGGAGUUUUUCCUUCGCCUGCUAAACUAGUGGUGAGUCCUUCAAUUAGCUUAAGAACCCAUGACUGUAAAUAUCAAGAAUCGCUGGCCAUGCUAAAAAAAAUCGAAAAUUCUGAUAAUUUGUCAGAAAAACCUCUUUGGGGAACUAUCGUCGAAAAAAAUAUUUUUAACUUUCAAGAAUCUACAGCUUUCGAGAAAAUGAGGAAAAACGAAAAUAGCGGGUUUUACCUAAUUAAUUAUGCAAAAAAUUAGAGUAAAAAUGAUCUACUUCUAUCCAUGGUAUGUUUUAAACCAUAAACAUGAUUUGGAAUUUUUUUUUAAGGUUUUUUAAAACUACCUUCUCAAACUCAUUAAGAAUUCGUUAAGAAAAUACAAAGGAAAUUAAUGUUUAAUGAGUGUUUGGAAAUCGGAUGAAACACUGCUUAGUAUUUGCAUCCUUAAUUUCUCCUUCAAAAAUGAUUUUGUUUGAGAAGAAAUAUCAAACAUUCGACACAGUGUUUCAUCACCAGAUGAAACACCUCGAAGUUCGUCAAAAAUACUCCGCUGCGCGUCGUAUUUUCAACUCUCUUCUCGGUGUUUCAUCUGGUGAUGAAACACUGCAUCUCAUGUUUGAUAUAUUACAUCAAACGCACUUUUUAAAAUGGGUAAAAAAUGAUCAACUUCAUAAGCCAAAAAAAUCCACCUUAGUAUAUGUAAUACCUAGCCAAAAUGUAUACUAGGACAAAGUUCAGCUCUUAUAUUAACAGAAUACGAAAUAAAAACUCUGGGUACUCUGGAUUCGCCUUUACAAAAUAAAACGUUUCGUGACCACCAGUCCUUGAAUUUUAGGGGAAGUCCUUGAAAAGUCAAUUAAUUUCUGUAGAAGACCUUGAAAAGUCCUUCUUGUUCUAUGCAAUAAUUAACUAUCAGUUUAAGACAAGUGUGCUGAAAAAUGUAGGUAAGUUGAUGGAGCAAACAGUUCAAGCCUAUAAAGCCCUCUUGUACAAGCUGUAAAAUUACAUUCCUGGUAGGUGGUCCUUGAAAUUUAAAUGUUGUUCUUGAAAAGACCUUGAAAAGCCCUUAAAAAAUGUUUGAAUGAACCCCGUGCAUUCAUGAAGCUGCAUAACACUUUUUAUAUAUAUGACACAAAUUAAUUAGUUUGUCGGACCGUCGUUUUCGGAUAUAACAUUUUUUUCCACGAAAUGAUCCUAGUUGUUGUAUGGCCUGACCCUCCACGAGUCUUCCAAAGCGCAUGUCUAAGAAACACGCAAAUAAAACCAAUCAGAAAUCAUAAACUUUCUGUGACUGACUUCCUUUAGGGGUGCUCAGAAUUGUUUUUGUUUGUUUGUUUGUUUGAUUUGUUUGUUUGUUUGUUUUUAAUUUCAGUUAGGGAGUCUUCGAUUCUCGGGAUAUCAAGUUGCCUAUACAAUUUAUGGUAGGUAGCAUCUAGUAUUUUUUUUUUCUUAGUAUGGAGGAAAUCUGCUCUAAUCCAUUGUCCCGUUCAUUUCCUUACUGCCAUCUGAAAUGUUUAAGUUCAAAGUAAAAGAAAAAACUGAUUGCUUAUGGCGGAACUGCUGAAGGUUUCAUUUACAAGAGUGGAAAGUGGACUAAAAGUGGCCCAUAUUUUUUAAAACUAUGCUUGCAGAGAAAAUUUCCUCUCGACACGCAGUUUUAAAGUGGGAGUGGCUGAAAUCCUUUAACCCUUUAAAGGGAACCUCCACUUCAACAAAAAGAUAACUUUAAAUCACAGGAAAUAACUGUUACAGUCAAGUCAAUCUAAAAUAUUUUUAAAGAAAGCGUUUGUAUCCGAAAGAAAUAACUUUUAAAUUCGCCUAUUUUUGUUUUCAAAUUUUGCGGGCGUCGCCAUCUUGAAUAAUUGUGAAGUGUUACGGUUGCCCUAUUGUUAUUAAACAAAAGCUCUUUGUGUCAGAACAAUAGAGCAACCGUAACACGUCACAAUUAUUCAAGAUAGCGGCGCCCGCGAAAUUUGAAAGUGAAAAUAAGCGAUUCUAAAAUUCACUUUUCCUGAUAUAAACACUUUUUUUAAGGACAAAUUUCGAACAAAUUUGUUUAUCAACAUAAUUUUAUUCGAUUUAAACUUAUUCUGUAGUAAGAGUGGAGGUUCCCUUUAAAACCAAAGAACAAAAUUUGAAUUCUCAUUUGUUGCACCUAUUCAUUUCUUACACAAGUAGUGGGGAGAAUAUGAUAAAACUUCAAGCAAAUUCCGUCUUGUGUGAUCAUGUCCGUAAUUCUCAUGACCACUCUCUGUUGGUUUUACAAGGAGAAAUUUGAUGCUGAUCACUCUUAGUGCUUAGAGGGUUAAUGUUAUGAACAUUUAACGAUAAGAUAAGAGUGCGUUAAGCAGGCUGUAUCUUUCUAAGUAUGGUGAUCGACGUACGGUACGUCAAGCAAAGGUCAUGUUAAAAUUCUUCUCAAGUGAUUGACCACUUGUCUUACAACUCUAAAUACCAAAAUAAUAAUAAUAACAACAACAAAAAAACAGAACAGAAAACUGGCAAGUCCGUCGUUAGCCAGCGAAAAGGAAUGACACCUGCUCAUUAAAGACAUUUUCUGUGGGUCCGGGGAUGGUGGUAAAGAAUGGCUAGUCAAAGUCAAAGGCUAUUUCUUACUUGAACCUUAAACAUGUAGUCACUUUAUCUGAACUGAAACCACAUUUAUACAACUUACUACAAGGGAUUUUUAUUUAGGUUGCAAUGAAUAAUUAUGCUGUUUGGCUGUAACUAUCAUACUACAGUAAAAGCUGACAUUUACAAGUUUCACCGGUUCUUUUUCUUGUUCAGCCUUCACAAAGCUCUUCUUAAACAAUAGUUAACAAUGGCUGCGUAAAUGACUAGAGGGUCUCCUCUUAACCCGGCCUUUAAACCCAUUAUUAUUCAUUCAAAAUAUUUCCCCGAUUCUGACUGGCUAAAAGCACUCGCAUAAUUCACCAUAACCAGCUAUUGAUGACCAAAUUUAGAAGAAUUUUGCGUUUUAUGGAUCGAUGUCGUCAAAAGUGCAGCUUUUUUGCAGGUUAAUGCACCGUUAACCGAGAAGACCUGGCGACGAGGUUGAGUUGUUUCGGUUGUAGAACAAAAAUGGCGGACAUUUCACUCGUUUCAAGAUUAAGAACUAGGCAAAAUAAUAGCUAAAAACAUGGCACGAACAGCAAGAAGACAACUCGAAGGGCGACGUCUCCUAUUUGGAGAAUAUUUGCGGAGCUGAACAAACCCUACACGUGCACUUUCAAAGAUGAACUUCUCAUCUAUGGAUCGAUGGAGGUAAGCAUGUUUUAGACAUGUUUUUAAACUAGGAAUUAUUUCGAAUGAAUAAUAAAACGGUUGUUGAAUUCGGCUUUCGUAUCAUAUAAAGAAUUAUGGAGAUCUCGGAGGGUUUUAUCAGCCUCGGCCUACAGCCUCGACGGAUAAAACCCUCCUCGAUCACCAUAAUUCUUCAUAAGAUACUCAGCCUCGUUCAUUAAUCGUUAAAUAUUGAAAUAAACUCAAAUUUUCCCUAUACAGUUCCUAUACAAGCACUGCGGAGAACUCAAGCAUGUUAAGGCUUGCCCUGGCGCUAAUUUGCAUAAAAUCUUAUAAUGAUCAUAACUUUGCGAAAAUUUAUCAGAACCUUCCAAAGUUUGGCAAGCUCGGAAAAAUCGGUAACCUUAAUUUUCCUGUAACGUAAGAAAUCAGAUAUCUGUGUCACGUGGCCACUUAUGGUCGAGUCCAGGAAAGAAAAGAACACUAAAAAUGGGGUGGCGAGAUGCCACACAGUAUAAAUACAGUAUUAUUGUUAUUGUAUCAUCAUUUCCCGCUUGUAUCUGGCCGGAAUGGUUGACUCUUUUUAUAUAUAUGUAUAAUUAGUAAUUAAGCAAAAUAGGUCACGUGACACUUUUCACCUGUUAAUAUCUUCUUAAGAAAUUAAAAAGACUCUCCGUUCCGGCCACGGAAAAAAUUCGUACGGUAAAACAAACGUUUACACAUGGUUCAAACUUAGUUGUAAUCAACGAUUCCUACCCCAUUUUAAAUUUCUUUUUGAAUAUCAUUAUGACAUCACGUUUCACGUGACUACAUCUGUUCAACCCUAAUUAAUUCAACGCCUCCAAAGAAAUUUUCUCGAAAGUUUUUGCAACUUUUAGAAGUAGAAUGCAUGGCCGUAGACGAAAAACAGCUUUAUCUUCGCGGGGAGUCGAAACCAAAACUUGAGGUAUCAUGCCUUAACAUGCUUGAGAAGUUGUUAAAGUGACAAUAGAAAUUAACUUGUGUGAUCAAGUCCUUGAUUCUCGGUACCACUUUGUAUUAUCAAGUUAAGAUUAUUACAAGAAGAAAUUUAAUGCUAAUCACUCUUCGGGCUAAGGGGUAGAACGGUUAGAACAGCUUGUACUGUAGUAAGAUAAAACAGUCAGUCCGCGUUGCAACCUGGCUCAAAAUCACAUUCACAUUCACAUUCACAUUCAUCACAUUCAUUCAUAGAUGUGUAUGGUUUCAGGUCAGAUUAGAAAGUGCCCACAUCGCCUUUGGCUUGCCAUUUUCCACCACUAUCCCGGAACCCAUAAAAGUACUUUAAUGAGCGUUGCGUGACGGGAGGCUGCGAAGAAUCUGAGAAGAAGACUUGACAUCCACAGGACUGAUCGCUUGUAUCAGCUUAAUAAAGGGUUGGGAGGGUUAUCCCGUUGAAUACAUUCAGUUUCGUUUUCCAUAAAACUGAAUUAGGAAAAAUGUCUAUGACUUACAUUCGCGAGUGUCAGUUAAAUAUGGGGUCUUCUAAUGGUUACGUUCCUUUUAGCCAAACAUUUCUCAGAUUUAGACAAUCCAGAUUGUUUAGAUCUUCCUGCUAGCCGGAACAAAAAUAUGAAAUAAGAUCGAUCCAUACAGUAGCUGCGUGCUGCUCUGAUCUUCUUCUCAAUAUCAACCUAUCGUUUUCAAGCGUUGGAAGAGAAAGUAGCUCUUUAAAUAGUGGCGGCUUAUACUGGGACUCGUCAACUUGAAAUUAUCUGGAAUUUGAUUCAAACAAUUUUUUUUAGAAAAAAAUGUGCAUGUGGACUUGAAUUUAACAUACUUCAAUUCUUCAGCGGCAUAAGACAACGGAGAAGUAUUAGCAACUUUUGCUUGACACACCGUGUCUAUCAAUGAACGAGAACGUUCUUGCGAUCGAAAAGCAGUUUCGUCAAAUGGAACAAAAAUCUGAAUCCAGAUGGGAUACCAAUCUGAACUAUCCAAGUGUGGAGGUGGAUCGUUCAGAUUGCAAUUUAAGAUUGGUUUGGUCCUUAGUGAACGAAAAAUCAAAUUUUGAAUAGCAGAAUCCGGAUUUAGAUUGGUCAAAAGGAACGCAACAUAUGACAGGUUUCACUGUGCGUGAUUUCUUUUUUCUUUUUUCAGGAUAUAUUUCGAUGGGAAUUCUUCUAUGGCUUGUUCUUUUUGGCCUUGUAUUUGCUUCUAAGCAUUUAAAACGUUUUCUUCCCAAAGAAGAAUGGGAAUGGUGUGUAGAAAAAGCGAAAUCAUUGAUGUAAGUAAAAUUUGUAGCUUGCUUGCUUUAGCAGAGCGAGACUCUAAAAAUGCAAACGUUUUUAUUUUUUGUCGGUCCGUCGCGAAAAUGGGGGCAUGCUCCAAGGCGUUCCUAACGGAGACCGUGGAAACUGGGGAUAAGAUUCGUGACGACUUUCAUUGAAUGCAAAUGAGCCUUGUGAUGAGCAUGCGGUUUAUCUUCGGCGAUAAAUGAAAUGACGCAUGUAAGUUGAAAGCGUUUUCGCUGUUUGGCUAUGGCGAAAUUUUCCCCAAAUGGAGACCCUUGACUUUCGUGUAAUUAUGCACGGGUAAAUACCCCGAGUAGGAUGGGAAGAUAUUCUCGUGGUGUAUUGAGGCGUUACGUUUCGCAGAUAUUGUCGCAAUUACUGUAACUCUGCGAUUAAAUAGAUUCACUUUGUUGUAGCUAUUUAAUUGAUAGAUUUUCGCAGUUGUUAAGAUGUAAAGUCGCGUUGCACUUUAUAAAUACUUGAGAAAUCAAUGAUUUAACCUUCGAGUACUACUGGAAGCAACUUCAACUAUGUGUCUGACGUUAAGUAUGUGUCACGAAUGUGUUUACACGGGUAGCUUUAAACUAAUCACGCACUCUACUUGUAGCAUUUCAUGUCCAUAGAAUAGAAAUCCGAUAUCGAGCUUUUCUGGAACGGGUCGGUCGACGAAUUCUAUCGCUUGAAAGUGUUGAUUGCUUUGAAAGAAUUGAUUACUUUAGUGGUAGAAAAAAAUAACAAUCUUAAUGUGCAAAACUUCGAGAUUUACUGGAAAACCAGGAGCGAGGAUCGAGGAUGGACGAUCGGGGAGCGAGAAUCGGGGAUCGGGGAUCGGGGAUCGAGGAUCGGUUAAAAAAAACUUGAAAAUCAACUAAAUAAAUAAAUCGUGGAUCGUGGUGAUGUGGGCCGCAGACUGUAGAUAAAUUUCACAAUACAUAGCCCCGCUUGCUGUACUGAACACUAAAUUUCAGUAAACUACUCCGAGUCUGACUGACUCAGUGAUUGUUUUGACGAGGAAGUGAAAUUUUCCUGGAAAAUGAAAAGCUUUAUGCCGGUGGUACUGUGAUAAAAUGCACGCUGUGUACAGCUCUAAACAUUGUACUCUAAGAUCGCGUAAACAUCAUCUGUACGAAGAUAUUAAAAGCAGAUGCUUAGCAGCCAUGGAAAAUGUAAUUACUUUCACGCAAUUUUGAUAAAACCUUAUAAAACGGGCAACAAAUUCAACUGGAAUACGCUCGAACUCAAUUAACUGUCUGUUGUAUAAGGUUCUGCUAAAAUUACACAUUUUUCUUAUGCUGAACAAAAAAUGUACCGAACCGUAUCGUGUUCGCUGCAUAGAAGCUAUAUAUUUUUAUACUCGAAUAAAAAUCAUCCUUCAAUUUUUUGAGUGUAAAUCCCUGAAAGAGUUCUCCUCACCGGAGCAAUAUCAAUAUGCAGAAGGUUUUCAAAGGCUAUACACCGAUGUGAAGCUAAAAUGUGCGGCCUGUCUCUCCUUCCAAAUUUUAAGUUUUAAGUAUUUACCUUAUGACAUAUAACACUCGUUUUGUAUUCCAAACGAAAAAAGUAGCAUAACAGCACCAGCUGACAAUAAAAUUUAUCUCCAAGCAAGCGAGACUCAACGCUACUAAGAACGUUCUUGUUUAAGUUUGUUUGCUUCAGCUGUUGCAUCCGCGACGUACAUUUUGUGAAUGAAUCUUUUGGUGAGUUUUUCUAGGUUUAUACUUCACUAUGCGCGCCGUGUAUAAGAAACGAUCACUACUUAUGUUAUCAUGAUUUUCUUCCUCGGGUGUAAGUCGAUGCUUAUUUUAUUCUUUUUGGCUUGUAUUGGUGAUUUUCCCUGUCACACCAUCGAGGACUAAAAUCAAGACCGUGGGAUGUCUGAAAUAAUAAUUGUUUUAUUAUUCGUUCAAAAUAAUUCCUAGUUUAAAAACGUGGCUAAAACAUGCUAACCUCCAUCGAUCCAUCGAUGUUAAGUUCAUCUUCGAUAGUGCACGUUUGGGUUUGUCCAGCUCGGCAAAUAUUCUCCAAAUAGCAGAUGUCACCCUUCGAGUUGUCUUGUUGCUGUUCUUGCCAUGCUUUUAGCUAUGUUUUCGCCUAGUUCUUGCUCUUGAAACGAGUGAAAUGUCCGCCAUUUUUCAAGUUCACAAUCAAAACAACUCAACCUCGUCCCUAGGUCUUAACGGUGCUUUAACCUGCGAAAACGGUGCAAUUCUUCCAAAUUUGGUCAUCAGUAACUGGUUAUGGUGAAUUAAACGAGUGCUUUUAGCCAAUCAGAAUCGGGAAAAUAUUUUGAAUGAAUAAUAAUGUUACUUUAUUCUCUGCAUUGUUUCGCUAUGAUACGUUGUCAAACCUCCUCUCUUCAGGAGCAACUUUAUAAUUCGUUUAGCGCCUGGUUAUUGCCAAGUCUGGUCAAAAUUGGUUGCUAUCGUUACAUUUAAGUCACUGUGGCAUCAUAGGUGGUAGGAAGUCAUGCAGUUUGGAAAGGAAAAAUCCCUUCUUCCUCAGUUUUUGUUGUUGUUGCCUGACACACUCAAGACGAAGUUGAUGGAAACAUCAGGACUCGAGGGAUAUCUUCAAAAAUCUUUCCUUUAAGAUUGAGACUUUUUUUUUUAUUGUGUUCAUUCACGAAAGGAAAAAUUGGCAGUCGGUUUUUCCCGCCUUCUCUCACGCCGCGUUCCACUAUCUUGAACACGUGCUGUUGUAUCUUGAGCUGGGUUCAAUUGCUGAAUUGUAUCACAAACAAGAUGCUAUUAAAUUUAGUCAAGGCCACGUGACUAAGAAUUAACCAAUGGCAAUUUAAGUCUAAAGCUACUUAACAUCAAUUAUGUUGAGUAAUAAUUUUUUGUGGUUUACUUCAGGUACGCAUUUAUCAUGUCCGUUGUCCUCUAUCUCUUCCAAUUGUUUCUUGUCCACUAUGUUUUCCGCGACAGAGAUUUUCCCAGGAUUGUCAUCACUGUGGAUAACAGGUAUUUGCCAUCUUCACCAUGUCUUCUCGUUUGGUUCUUGAACCUUGUAAAAACAGUUCAACCUACCGUACGUGACAACGCGGCAAAAGGGUCACAUUUAUCACCCUUUCUGUCUUCCAUCCUUUUCUUUUAUUGAUUUAUUUUAAUAAUUAUUUAUAUGUUUAUUUGACUGAUUGAUUGAUUUAUUAUUUAUAUUGCAGACGCUUGUUCUCGAUUAUGUCAUACUUCUUCUUCUUUUUCAACAUUCUGGUCGGAUUGUUUUCUGGUUUUCUUCGCAUCACCUUGGGUAUCGUUCUAGGAGUUGUAUUCCUGGCUCGUAUAGACCGGUCGACCUUGAUGCAGGGAUUUCAAAGAUUGGACCGAGGCAUGUGGAAAUCUUUAAAGGGGGAAACUUUACACGGUUUUCCGUAACCAUGAUAAUUUUUAUUCUACAUGCAUUUAAGAUAUGAAAGCAACUAGAAAUAACUUACAACAUCCAGUCAGUUCACGGUGAGGGCGGUUAUCGCGGUAGAGACCAUACGAUACAUUAGAUAAUAUCGAUGUCAUACGUCCCUAUUUUUUUGCUCUCCCUUUCAUCCCUUCUUUAUCGACUGAUUUCUCCCUCCUCUCUUAUCUUUUCGACACAUUAUCAUCCUCCUCCCUGGGCUGUUCACAGACCCUCUAUUUUUCCCCUUAAAGAUCGUCGAGCGCGCGUAUGGAAAUAAAAACCGCGGGGGAUUUAUUCACCCCCGGCGCCAGGAGUGCUCCUUGCUUGCUCUAGCGCGCUCGCACUGUCAGAUUGUCUAUGGCCAGGCUACUACCUUCAUAAACCAUUUGUCUCCCUUUCCCAAAAGAGUGUAACUUGUUAACAACGACAUUUGCAAUCCAAUCAUUCAACAAAGGCCUUCAGAGACCUUUGCCUUUUAAUGUGUUCAUUCAUUGACAUAUGCUUGCCGUGAGGUUUCAGUCUCCCUCCAUCUCACAUUCUUAUCCUUCUCUUCUACAGCAUUUGUUGCUUACCUUGGUUUUAUCAACCUGCUUGUUGCUCAGAGCCAUCCCGUGAUGCUUUUGUUUUGUCAGCUACUGAUAAACAGGGACAAAGUUCACCAGCCUAAUUCGGAAUCUCCAGUAGGUGCUCAGUCUGAGAACCGCGAUUGUUCAAAGGAAAAUGGGGAUGCCUCUGGUAUGUGCUUGGUUAACCUUGUUAAAUCCAUCAAAUAUUUGAAACAUCAUUUAAACAGUAGAACCCAACAUAACGAGAUGCGAUUAGCGACUGGGGAUUCAAGCACCUGCGUCAUUUCCUGGGCACUUUAAAUCGGGGCCCUAUUCAACACAUUUUACUAUAACUGGGGCAUAAAAUGUUACGUUAUAGUUCAAGGGUUUGUAUUAGGGAGUAAGCAAAGACGUUUUUUAGCCACGCACGUCAACCGGAACUGACGCUACAAUUUUAAAAAACCUCACCUCUUUGGUGUUUAGGCAGCUAAUUCUGUUCUUUUUUUCGUUUGCAGUGUAUACUCGUGAGCGAAGACUCCCGCGUAUGUCUCAAAAAGCAUUCAAUCGCUGGCAUGUGACUGUGACACUGCUUCGUAACCCAUGUCUUAUCAAAUAUCGUAAGCGGGUUGGUAUAAGUCGUGCAACUUCCGUUAGCCUCAGGAGUAUCCGCACUGACUUGAGCGACCUGGUGCCUGCUUGA